AUUUACGUGGUGUGACAAUCACAUUGUCAAUGUAAACAUUGAACUCAGACAUUCAUUAAACAUCACAUCACAGCCAGCCUAAUUCUAGAGCUCAAGAUAAUAUCAAAAUGGCAACUGACUUCACCAGUGUUCCAGACUUUGUGGAGAGAAAGGGAUCUCUCUAUUUGAGGUCCGACCACAUGAAUUAUAGCAGGGCAACUCUAAACUCAAACUGGCACCAGGCUCGUGAAUCAGAACCAAAAGAUUAUGACAUCAGCAAAGCCCCUGAGAGGGAUCUAUGCAAAGCUACAUAUGGCAGGAUAGGAAAUGUUACAAAAGGGGAACUGCCCCAGACUACAUACCAGGACCAUUCAGGCCAGAUAUUCUUGAAGAAAGACUUUCAGGAACAAGAGACAAGACAUCCAAUGAUCAAUCCAAGCACAUUUGCACAUUCUGAUCUUGAUAGUGAAAAAAUAUUGAGAGAGACUGGGGCCCCUGACACAGGAUUCGGUUCAAUACUUCCCCGCCAUCACGCAGAGCACAACAAACGCCAUCUUCAGACCACAAACAAAGCUGACUUUAAACCUCCAUUCCCAUAUACACCAGCAGAAGAGAAACCACUAGAUUUCCCAGAUAAUUCAGUUGCAUAUAGGAAAUGUCACUCGCAGUUCACAGACACUAGCGAUUACAGGAGGCCUGGUAGAAACACUUGGCAGGAUGAAAGUGGACUCUAUUCAAACUCACAUUAUAAAGAACAAGUAUUUAAACCAACCAAUACCAUACCAGAGAGACUAGAAUAGGAACCUAUACUGAUCCAUAUUUACAAAAAUACAGAGAAGUCCUACCAAGGCAUUUUCUCAUAAUUUUCGCACUAAAUUCUACAAUCAAUUUUUAUAUAAAAAAAAUCUAUUGGCAAAAAGUUUGUUUAACUAAGGUGGGUAGUGUAGUAGUUAGUAAAUGGAUUGUUAAUAGAAUUUGGUGUGAUACUUAUGAAACAAUCCCUAAAUGAAAUAUUGUGAUAGAUAAGUGAUCUAAAUACAAAUGCAAUCAUUGUUCAAAAACAUUCCAAAGAAGUGUUAUUUGUUAUUGAUAUCAACAAAG